AUGUCGUUUGUUGUUCAUGCUGCGGACGACGUCUGUGUCCCUUCAGAAAGGAAUACGCUCUCAAGCAGCUGCUAUGGGGCAUGCCACUCGUCACUCUGUGUGAACUAUGCUUCCUUCAUUGUAGAGGACGGAAGCAAGUCUAAUAUUGAUAGCAGUUUCUUCUAUAGGGGUUGUUCAACAGCAAACAUUUCUACAUGCAAAACAAAGGUGACCUCGGGUAAAUGUGAGAUUCAGUGUUUAGUAGAUACAACAGCUACCUGGAUUAAUCCACACUGGACGCUGACUAUUGCGCAGCCACAGAGCGACAAAGCGGAUACGGCGAUCUUCCAGAAUAUUGACGACCUUAUGUUGCCUUCGACCUUGCAGAAUUUGACGGUUGUGGGCGCGACUACAAGUUCGCACAUUACUAUCCCCCCUCACUUUUUCAUCAAAUGCUUUUCUGUAAUUUCAGACGUUAGCAUUGGCGAUAUGCUGACGAAUAUCUUUCCGGACUCUCUCAAGUCACUUAUUAUUCAACGAGCAAAGCUCACUCAGUUCGAUCCUCGUGGUCCACACGCAUUCACAUCGGUAUCCAUAUUAGACCUUCGUGACAAUGAGUUGUCUGAGAUCCCUACCAUUAUUUAUGAAAUGCGCAACUUAUCGGCAUUGUAUUUACAAAGCAACGCCAUCUCAAACGCGCACGUUACUUUACCUCAGCUUCGGUAUUUGCAGGAACUACCCGUGUUUGAAGCCAACCUGACAGUCAUUGGAAGUUGUUCUCAAGGCUACGAAGCUACAUCAUGGGCUGGCAAAAGCGUGUGCUACACAAACGAUGUUGGUCUCGACAAGAUCAGUAGCUCUGGUUAUGAAGAAAGCACUUUCUCUACAGCAAGCGAGAGAAACGGCAGCUCGGUCAUGCUAUUUGUUGUUUUAGGUCUUACGCUCUUUGCAGUUCUGGCUGUGGUUGGCGGUGUUGUACUCCUGCGGAGAUGGAAGCAAAAGACAGCAAAGGAUCAACAUGAUUCGCUUGUGUUGGGUGGCGGCAAAGGUAAAAUCAAUUUCAAAGGCUUUCUUGCACUGAUGGGGGUGUCCAACGGGACUCAGUCUAUGGACUUUAAGGUAUCACUGAACGAGUAUAAUACUGGCGGUGGACUUCGUAAGGCUGUAUUCACUGAAAUUCCAGCCGCCGAUGUUGUGAUACUGAACCAGUUGUCAAUUUCUGGCCCCAUGAGUGUUUCCCUGGCAACGCAUCGGACACAACUGGUUCUUGUAACUAAACUUCUGGCUAGCGACGACGACGUAGAGGCCGCUUUGGAAAUGGUUCCUAUGCUAUCACAGAUGUGCCAUCCCCAGCUUCUCUCAAUUGCUGGACUUGUUUGGGACGAACGGCUUGCGAUGACUGCUGUGUGUGAGUAUAUGACGUUGGGAACGCUAGAAGCAUAUCUCCGCGGUUCCGGCUCUACGCUCAAUUGGAAGAACUUUAAAAUGAAAGCAGCAGCUGAGAUAGCGCGUGGACUGAUGUACCUGCACAGCCAGCACAUGGUCACUUAUGAUGGCCUCAAUGGAAGAAGCGUGUUCGUAGAUCCUAAAAAGGGCUGCAAGUUAAACCCGGUCCAAGCAGCACUCCCUACGGGCGGAUCAUCUCCGUAUAGCUGCCAGUCAUUCUACCGCGGAUGUGACUCGACCAACAAGGCAUUUUUCGCUCCGGAAAUUUUGAUCGGCGAGCCCUCUCGAGCAUCAUCGGACAUGUACGCGUACGGUGUGCUACUUGCACAUCUUGACACAUGCCAAACAGCAGACGAAAUGAUUCGAAGCUCAUGGAGAAUGCGUACACACAUUGGCGACUUUGACAUGGACAAUGGCACCCUUCUUUCCACCGACGGCACGGUUGUAUCGACAAAUACUGCUGAGAGUGACCCCGAUAACUUGCGGAGGCGCACCACUCAGCUUGAAGGUUUGCCAAGUACCAAUAGCUUCCACUUGUUACACAGCUCCCAGAGCUUUACUCUGGAGGAAAAUCGACGACGUACCACUCCUCUGUUGGGUGCCCACAACAACGAUGACACAAGCUUCAUGAGUAUGUUUGCAUUUACGCCCGGGUGUCCCGUGACGGUUCGGGAGCUUGCAGUUGCGUGUCUUCAAUACGAUCCAUCGCUACGCCCCAGUGCAUCCUACGUUGCAGCCAUGCUACACAUCUAG